AUGCCGAAACCGACUUGGCAGAUCGAAGAACGACGGACCCUUUUCGUUCUGAAAGUCGCCUUAGGCCUCAGUGACGACGAAUCGCACGAUCUCAUGGGCCGUAUCUUCGGUGGCACAUGGCGCAACGCUACUGAUCCACCACGAAAGAAGUACGGAGUCAAUGACCUUCGAGACGAAGUCAAGUUUCGUUGGUCUGCCGGAAAACGACACCAACACUGGAACACGAUCGACCCGGAAGAUGGCCCAAGCGACGAGGAACAGAGAGCACAAACAAGCACACUCGGCACGAUUGUCUCAGCAGCACGGCAGACGGACCAGGUCAAUUGGCUCCUGACCAACGACAAGGGCGUUAUGACGAGGCAAUUGAGUGUCAUCCCAAUUCCUGAUGCUGCAAGUCGACCACACUACCAACGAGACCCAGCAACAUUCGAUCGCAACUUCUAUGGAAGCGAACGCAAAGCUCCCAAACGUAAGCAGGAAAAUCCGGAAAGUGGGCCCAGAAAACAACCCCUAAUGAGCAAACACCCUGCCACGCAGCACUCUGAUUCCACCGCGACUACGAGCGUGGCAGAGUCCACUCCGCAACGGAGUACCGAGCCAACGGCCGACAUGAAACGCCCAGAUCCUCUCGAACACUGGACUGGCUGGCACGUCGACAUGGUCCACGAAAAGUGGUAUCUGGAGCGGCGGCAACAGCUCGAGUCAGGAGCUGAGCUGACGGGCAGCCAAGUGCCCGAGUACAUCUUCGAGGAUUGUGGAACUCGGCAAUUUGGUGGCCAGCUGGUUCGUAUCUACAACCCUUCCAGUACGAUCGAAUUCGAGGAUGCGUUGGUUUGUCCCAGUGCAGUGUGCGACCAGUGUACCGGUCUCAACAACCUGGAAGACAAGCGAAUUGCAGACCUGGUGCCUGGGGUUGAGGUCACAGAUGGGCCAACCAAAGGGUUGCCGUUCGUUCACAGGAAGCGAGAUGUCAAGCUGGCUUUUGGUGGAUCUGGACGACUUGUGUUCAACCAGGCGAAGGAUGUGGACUAUCAACCGCUGGUUGUCCCUGAAAGAACGAAGCUGUACGUGGUACGGUGCAUGGUCAGGACGAAGAAGAGGGAUCAAGUUGUUCAGCGAGAUGUUAAGGUGCUAGGGUGCGUUCCUGAGUCCUGUGAGGUCUGCAACCCAGAGCUGGCGCAGGCUCGGGAAGCUGAGAAGGCGAAGCAAGCUGAAAAGGCUGUCAAAGCACAAGAUGAAGUGGGAGGAGCACACGAAGGAGAAAACGAAGAAGCGCCGGACAGUGCGGAGGAAGAGCAUGAAGCUGGAGACAUUGAGGAGCCAGCCAAGAGCGACUCCGAUGAUAGUGACUACGACGAGCCACUGCGAAAGAAGCGUCGUGGUAAAGCGAAGAAGUCAAAGCCGAACAGAGUAUUAGCUGGAAAAUAG